AUAGACGGGUCUGGAGCUCUUCUGGUCCCUGCUCUCUGCCACCCGCACAUCCAUCUCGAUAAAGCAUAUCUCCUUUCUCAUCCCAAGUAUGCUCAUUUGCAAAUUGAGGAAGGCUCAUUCAAAGAAGCUAUGGAAUUGACCUCUAAAGCAAAGUCCGACUUUGAGCACGAUGACCUGCUCGAACGUGGCUUACGAGUUAUUGAUGAAAGUGUGCAAGCAGGAGUGACAUCUAUGCGAGCAUUCGUCGAAGUCGACCAGAUCGUGGGACUGAAAUGCAUAGAGGCGGGCAAGGCUCUAAAGCACAAGGCCCAAAACCGCUGCCAUGUCCAGUUGUGUGUGUUUGCUCAGCUUCCUUUGUUCUCCGGUGACGAUGACGGUGAAGGAAUCAGAAGCCUCGUAUCGGGAGCUCUUGAUCCGUCAUACUCUGUCGAUGUUCUUGGAAGUACCCCGUACGUUGAAGAUGACCGCGAGAAGAUGAAACAGAAUGUGGAAUGGACAAUUGAUCUCGCUCUUGAGAAGAAUCUGCAUUUGGACUUCCAUCUCGACUACAAUCUUGAUACUGAGAUUGAGCCAUUGGUGUGGCAUGUGAUUGACACUCUCAAAGCCAAGGACUGGACAAAGCGUACCGACAAGACAAUUGUUCUAGGCCACUGUACUCGUCUAUCACUCUUCAAAGACGAUGAAUGGAAGCGCUUGAAGGGCGAGAUCGGCGACCUGCCCAUCAGCUUUGUUGGAUUGCCCACCUCUGAUCUGUUCAUGAUGCGAACAGAGAGUGGCGCUCGAAGAACUUUGCCUGUGCCUUGUCUGAUCAAGGACUAUGGACUCAAUGCGGCAAUUUCGAUCAACAACAUUGGUAAUGCUUUUACACCUCAAGGCAGCUGUGAUCCACUCUACAUAGCAAGCUUAGGCGUAGGUGUAUAUCAAGCUGGCACCAAAAGAGAUGCCGAGAUCUUGUAUGAGUGUGUAUCGACAAGAGCCAGGGCUGCUAUUGGACUU